CUGAAAUGUUCUCUGAUUCUUACUAUAGUCUUUUUAAUUUUGCGUAACGUCUUGUGAUUUUUAGGUAGUUGAUGAGGGUUAGUUAAUAGUGAUCAUGCAUAUCUGAGUAAUGAGCAAAUGGCAAAAAAGAUUUGUUAACAUUGAAAGCAUAAUGUGGAAAAAAACUGCUCUCACUUCUCAUUUUAUGGUGCUUGUGACGUUAUUACAAAGCUCUGAUGCUAAUGCUCCUCCAAAAGUGCAGCCAAUCUUACUACCAGAAAUGGUCUCCAUCGGUGAAAAUGUGAUGGCUACUUGUGCGAUUAGGAGUGGCUCGAAACCUAUGAGUUUUAAAUGGAUGAAAGAUGGAAAAGAAAUACAGAAUGUGCCUCAUGCUUCUGUUGAAACGUCUAAUGAGUAUUCCGUGUUGGCAAUUACACCAGCAACGCAAGAAAAUAUGGGCAAUUACACUUGCAUUGUAGAAAACACGUUCGGAAAAGAUGAAUCGUCUUUUCCCUUAAUAAUAAAAGCACCUCCAUCAUGGGUUCUAAAACCUCAAAAUGUCAAAGCAUCCGAAGGUCAAGCUGUAAUUAUAUCAUGUUCGGCAGAUGGUUUGCCAAAGCCAGAAAUUAAAUGGAUGAAGGAUGGAGAAAAGAUUUCAUCAUCUAACUCUCUAACAUCGCAAGAAAACAGCUUAACGGUAUUUCUAAAUGGUUCUCUUUACAUUUCGCACGUUAGAAGGCAUUAUGGGGGAGUGUACGAAUGCAUAGCAAGUAAUGAAGUUGAACCGGAUCUAAGGUCGAGCGCUGUUCUCACAGUAAAUGCUGCACCAGUUAUACAGCCCUUCACGUUUCCAGAGUCUGCAUCUCUUGGUCAACGAAUAACAGCUGCAUGUGGUAUUCUUCAGGGUUCAAAACCGUUAACAUUCAAAUGGCUGAAAGAUGGCAAAGAAAUUUCUGGGAUCCCCAAUACCUCAGUAGAUAAGCAAGAUGAAUAUUCAGUUCUCACCAUUUCCUCAGCAUCUAAGAGCAAUGUAGGAAACUAUUCGUGUACGGUAAAAAAUGCUUUUGGAGAAGAUACACACGUAGCAAGUUUUAUCCUAAUGGAGGCUCCAACCUGGAUUCAAGAGCCGGAAGAUAUUGUUGGUGUGGAAGGACAACGAAUAGAGAUAAGGUGUGUGGCAGACGGCUCACCGAAACCAGAAAUAAUAUGGAAAAAAAGAAGUGACGGUCAAGAGGCUGAAAUUAAUGGCUUAGCAGAACAAUUCCGAAACGGGUCUUUGAUAAUUUCUUCAUUGAAGUCUGAAAGUUCUGGUGCUUAUAUUUGUGAAGCUAAGAAUGGUAUUGGAAGCUCAAUUAAAAAACUGGUUGCUGUCCAUGUGAAUGGGCCACCGAAACUUCAUCAGAUUUUAUUUCCUGAAUAUGUGCCGGUUGGGAAAAAGGUUACAGUUGUUUGUAACGCAUUUAGCGGCUCAGUACCUCUGAACUUCAUUUGGAAAAAAGAUGGGAAGAGUAUAAAUGACGUCCCUAAUACGAUUGUAGAUGUUCAAAGAGAUUAUUCCGCUCUUACUAUAGGUCCUGCGCAAUCAGAAAAUGCAGGAAAUUACACGUGUGUAGCAGAAAAUACAUAUGGAAAAGAUUCUAGUCAUGGAACACUCAUGCUUAGAGCUCCGCCAGUAUGGCUUGUUCAACCAACUGACACUAGUGUGGCUGCUGGAGAGACUUUGUACCUACACUGUUCAGCGGAAGGUCAUCCGAAACCAAACGUGGAAUGGAAAUUCAAAGGUUCCCAGAAUGAUCCAAUAUUGCUAAAAGAGGACAAUACUAUACAUAAUUUGAAUAAUGGAAGUUUUUACAUCACGAAUAUUAAAGAAGAAAAUUCUGGGGAGUAUACAUGUAUUGUUUCAAACGGCUUUGAUGCAAUGUUAACAAAAUCUGUGAACGUAAGGGUAAACGAAACACCAGUGAUUCAACCUUUUAAUUUUCCGGUAUAUUCUACCGUUGGCCAGAGAGCAGUGGUUACUUGUGCCAUCUCUCAGGGAGCAAAACCAUUACAGUUUAAUUGGUUAAAAGAUGGAAAAGAUAUUGAAAGCGUGCCAAAUAUUUCCCUCCUUAACCAGGCAGAUUUUUCUGUCCUCACUGUAGGCCCUGCAAACAGAGAGAAUGUUGGGAAUUAUACAUGCAUAGCAAGAAAUUCGCAUGGGAAAGAUUCACAUACAUCAGCCUUUGUGCUUAACGAGCCUCCAGUAUGGAUUUACGAGCCCCGAGACAUACAUGUUACAGAAAACGAAUUUUUAGAAUUAAAAUGCUCAGCUUCUGGCCAUCCUCCUCCUCAAAUCACAUGGAAUAAAAUUAAAGAUGGCGUAACAACAGCUUUAUCAAAUUUUCAAAACCCAUCUAAUAUACAAGCAUUUGAAAAUGGUUCUCUAAUAAUAUACAGUGUACAUAAUGAAAUCCGUGGGAAAUACCGCUGUUUAGCUUCGAAUGAAGUCGGAACAUCUUUACAAAAAGUAGUUGAAGUUUCAGUAUCUGGCCAAGAACUUGGUGUACUACCUUUUUUCUUUCCGAAUAACGUAGCAGAAGGACAAAAAGUACUUGUAACUUGUACUCCAAGUAGCGAAAGUCGUCCAGUAAAGUCAAAGUGGUUGCGGAAUGGGUCAGAGGUUAAGGAAAAUGAGCGCAUAAAAAUAACUGAUUACGCAGACUUUUCCACUCUCAUGAUUAGUCCUGUUGCAAGUGACGAUAGUGGUAACUAUACUUGCGUUGUUAGCGAAGAUUACAAGACUGCAAGCUAUACAGCUGAGCUUAUCAUACAAGGUAAUGAAGCAAAUUCAAAUCAAGAUUUAAACAAUGGUGGAAAAUACAUCAUUGACAAAGGUUUAUUAAUGAUACUCAAUGUACAAAAAGAAGAUCAAGGUAUAUAUCAUUGUUUGAUCUCAAAUGGCGUAGGAAAUAGUUUGCAAGAGACUGCCACUUUGUCUGUACUUAGAUCUGAUCAUUCUAACAUUAAGCUUAUAACUUUAAUACUAACGCCUUUGCUAUCUUUGUUUCUGAUACGCUAUUAUGCACAUGAUCUGGAGACUAUGCAGCGAGUAAUACUUCGUUUAUGCUAUCUGAUGUUUCUCAUAGGACAAUAUGUCAAAUUUGUACUGACAAAUGAUGGUUUGCCACAAAUACAGCCUUUUUUCUUUCCUGAAGCGUUAAGCUCCGGACAAAAGACAAGCAUCAGUUGUGCUCUGAAUAAAGGCAGUCAACCUCUACAAUUUCGUUGGAUGAAAGACAACAAGGAACUGAUGAAUGGUGAAAAUAUAGAAAUUGUGGCCAUAAAAGAUGUGUCUUUGAUUACUAUUAAUCCAGUCAAACAAGAUAGCAGUGGAAAUUAUACCUGUAUUGUCAGCAAUAAAUUGGGGAAAGAUGAAUAUACUGCUUCACUUGUAGUGAAAGCCCCUCCAAAAUGGAUUAAGAAGCCAAACGAUCACAGUGCAUUUCUGGGAUUAAAAUUUGAAGCUGAAUGUAAAGUGUCUGGACAACCUUCACCUAUAAUUACAUGGUACAAAGAAGGAAAAGCAGGACGUUUUGAAAAUAGUAAAGCCAAUCAGAGAUGGAAUAUUUCCAAUGAUGGUACUUUAACGAUUUCUAACGUAAAUGAAGAUGACGAAGGUAAAUACAUCUGUGAAGCAAGUAAUGGAGUGGAGACUAAUCUAAAAGCAGAAAUGGUUUUAACUGUAUUUGUGCCUGCGAGAUUUGAAGAACAUUUCACGGCUGAAACAGUACGACAAGGUGAUAGUGCUGUUUUGAGAUGCGAUGUAACGGGAGACCAACCGAUCAAUAUUGUUUGGUACAAGGACAAAAAGGAGUUAGAGAUAACCGAACUAUCCAGGUAUGAAAAGUUCGAAACUUUUACAAAGAAUGGGGUGAAUUCUGAACUGUUCAUAAGGAACAUUGACCGACGAGAUGGCGCACUGUAUUCUUGUACGGCUUCGAACAGUUAUGGGAGCGAUGAGCGUAAUAUUAAAGUUUUAUUAGAAGAAGUUCCUGCUAAACCUUUAGAUGUUAAAGUCCUUGAUGUCUGGGCUCGAAGUGCAAGCGUCGUUUGGUCUGCUCCAUAUGCCGGGAAUAAUGCUAUCACAAAAUAUAAAGUACAAUACUGGAGGGAUAAACAUGGCCCUCAAACGUUGAAUGAAGAAGAAAUCAGUGCAGGUCAGACAACAGCAGUUAUUCAAGGUCUUAAUCCAGGCACGUCUUAUGCACUGGCUGUUGUUGCUGAAAAUACAAUAGGUCAUGGUGAGCCAUCAGAAACCAUAAGAUUUAUAACGAGCGAAGAAGAGCCGAGUGGGCCUCCAACAGACUUAAAUGUUGAAGCGAGAGGACCAACUUCUAUUCUUGUGAGGUGGAAGCCUCCACCUAAAGAAUGCUGGAAUGGUGACUUGAAAGGUUAUUAUGUAGGAUACAGAGCUGAGAAUACUAACCAACCUUAUACAUUUAAAAGCAUUGAAGCUAGUACAAACGAAACUAAUGAAUACCUAAUUGCUGGAUUAACAAAGUCUGCUCGGUACAGCGUGCUGGUCAAAGCCUACAACAAAGCAGGGACGGGUCCUCCUUCUCAGGAACUGGUUAUCAGGACACUAGAUGGCGAUUUACCCAAGUCCCCUCCUAUAUCACUAGUGAGUACUUCUGACACAGCCAUUACAGUGAAAUGGAAUCAAGUAGUUAACAGAGAUGACCCACUUACAGGUUAUACUUUGCACUAUCAGAGAGGCUCGGGGCACUGGCUGCACGUUCCUCUUGUCGCCGCUGACCAGUCUAGUUAUACUUUGACAUCACUUCAAGCAGACACUUUGUAUCAUCUAUACUUGACUGCAAACAACAAGCAUGGUAGAGGCCAAGCUAGCGAUAUUCUAACAGUCAAGACAAAAGAGAAAGGUGCAAGAGAUUUUCCUAUGUACUUGGAUCUCUCACUCUUAAUACCUGUAGCAGCUACAUUAUUGGCCAUCAUCGUGGUCGUUGUCGUAGUAAUUGUCUACGUAGUUAAAUCUAGAUCACGGAAAGAUUUAGUUAAAGACCAGAUCAAAGCUUUGCACGAUCAGCAGUAUAUCUACGCUGCUGGAAAUGCCCAAAGGUAUGACAGCGUUGACAAAGGUCGACCCUAUAGUCAAGGAGAGCCGGGAACACCCGCUGUCAGUCUUGCUUCUUAUGCUUCUAUACCUUCUAGAAUAGACCAAGAUGAGUUAUAUGGUGGACCAAUUGAAGUUAAGGGGCCUUACGGUCAAGUAAGAGAACAAUUUCUACUAGAAAAGAAUUAUAGAGAACGGCCAUCGUCUUUCCCAAGACCGGCAUCCAAGAGGCCACACAGUCAGGCUCGCUCUCAGCAACCGCAACAACAGCAGCAGCAGACACCACAACAACAGAAUCAACAACCUCCUCCUCCACCACCACCACCGCAGCCAUCUCAACAGUCACAUGUGCAACCUCCACCUCCACCUCCACCGCCACCGCCUCAGUAAGAAAUAUGUGACAACUAUGUUUGUGAGUUAACAUUGCUUGUGAUGUAUUGAUAAGUACAAAAAAGCUGAAAAGCUCAAUGAUGGUUCUGUUUGGAUUGAAUGUCUAGCGGUGAGAACAGAUACUGUACACAGAAUUACAUUAUUCUAAUUCAGUUUCAUUUUACUGCGAAUUAUAUCUAAAGUUCUGUCUUUAUUUCACGUCCCUUGUAUUAGGCGAAAUCAGUUUUUUAUAUUCAGCACAUAGUCAAAGGAAUUAUUUUUUUUAAAGUUAAUUCAUUCAGAGCUUUUUACUAGUGCAAAUGUUUCAGAUUGUUAACAAUAACUAAUGGGGUUAAUCUAAAAAAAUUGCAUUAGUUACUGAAAAGUUUUCGGUUUUAUUAAAAGGUAUGAUUCGCUUUUAUUGACAUAUUUAAGCCUGUUUUAUAUUUAGGAACGUGACUAAUCCUUUCGUUUGAUGUUUUAACAACAAAAUGAAGCAAAAACUCUUAAUGUUUUUUCAAAUAUUGAAUAAGAAUUUUAAAGCUAUUUUUAAAAGCACUUAUACUCACGUAAUUCUGAAAUUGAAAUAACAGAAUUAGAAGUUUUAUUAACAGUAUCUUUAGGAGUUUUGUUUAAUGCUUUGUUACUAAAUAAUAGAAAGAUAAUUCCAAACUUUCUUUCUGUGAUUUCAAUAUAUUUUAAUUCUUCGUCAAAAUCUGUGUCUUAGUUAGAGAAAGCAAAGUUAAAAAUCAUUUAAUUAAUUUUUAAUAUUGAAAUGAGAGGCAAAAAAUGAGUCUAAGUGCAUAAAAGAUUAUAAAUUAUUCCCUUCUUUUAAUAGGAAAAUAAAAAUUACUAAUUUACAGAAUCUUUAAACUACAGAAUUUAAAGCAAUAUGAAAGGCUUGCAAUUUUCUGUCCUGUGACUUUAUCUGUAUGAUUAUGUCAUUUACAAGAAUGUAUUUAAUAGGUUUGUCAAAAUCUGAAUUAAACUUUUGUUUAACUGUUUUCGUACCCCAUAUGCAAAUUUAUUUUCAUGAAAAUCUAGUGUUUGGUGUGUCUGUUCACAUCGCUUAUUAUUGCUGCUUUGUUUAAAUAAUUAAACUUUUGUGAAUGUUAGUUUUGCUUUUCAAUUUGAUUUCGUUUUUAAUUUUUUAUUAUUUAAGCUUAUUUAUAAGUAAACAAAUCUUCGAACUAUUAAGUCCCUCACGCUUGAACUAUGAUGUUAUUUUUCUGUAUGCGUUUUCUGUUAUUAUAAUAAUGUAAGAAUUAAAAUGCUAGCACGCAUUCUAGAAAUAGUAAAGUACUUAACUGUCGUGUAGAGAUAUGAACAUAGAAGCUAAGCACUAACGCAUUAAUUUAAUAUGAAUAAAAGGAUUUCAUCUUCAUGCGCUUUUUGAAAGACUGUUCUAGUUUGUCAAAGUACUUAAAUAUUAAAUGACAUUAUUUACAACUUAAGGAAUAUAGUGUUAUAUUCGCGGAAAACAUUUAUUACUUAGUGGAGCAAAAAAGUAAAGUUUGAGUUGAAAAUAAGUUUUGAUUUUGUUAAACGUAAAAUAUAAUUUUCUUCAGUUACUUAACCAUAGAAUAUUUUUGGUUCUAACCAAUAAAUUAUUAACUUUGAUUUUAUUUCAUAAAAUUAAUCUGUAUGAGUACAAUUAAAUCGACAAUGUCUGUAUGUUUUCAAUAUUUAUGAACGUAUAGCGUGUUAGGGACCAUUUCAUGGCAGUUUAUCAUAUUUCAAUCUAACACAAAUUGUAAUGGUUAUAAUUUAUAUCAAAAUGAAAUAUGAUAAAUUCACGUGCAUAAUUUAUAAUGGUACAUUGUAUUACUUAUAACAAAUGGUUUCAAAAUUGUAGUUCUAGUAGAAAAAAUUUAAUAAUAUUAACAUAUGUGUAAAACGUUCUGAUAACUAACAUGUACUACAAGAAAGAUAUAGAAUCAAUGACAAAAUAUUCUGUAAAUAGGAAAGAAUUAAAUGUAUUUUUCAGCAUAUAAAUGUGUACGUUUAUAUGCACAAAUUUAUGCAUAUAAAUAUUAAAAUAAAUGUAUAAAAAUUUAUGUUUAUGCAAAUUCUAAAUUUAAGCAGAGAUAAGGUUUAUUUUUGAGUUAAAACGGAGACUAUCUGAAUAAAGCAAAUUAGAGUUAAAUGGAAACUAUAUGAAUAAAUUAAUAACUAUUUUGCUGUCCUGGAAAUAAAAUAAUUGUUUCAUUAUGCUCAUCAUUGAUAUAAUUGACAGGAAAAAAUAUAAAGCUUUAAAUGUUUUAGCUGUGUAUUAAAUUACAUAUCAAUUUCUGUUUCUCUAGACAUGCUCUACUUCUUACGUUGUAUCUCUUAAACGAAAUGUAUGCAUAUUUUAUUUUCUGUUUAUCCAUAGACUUAUUUUAUAUGCAGAUGAAGAGUUUGGGCCAAAUUUACACUAAAUAUCUUUAGAGAUUUAUACAUAUGAUAAUAAUUUAAACUAGACACCAUAAAUACUUAUAUUAUUAUUGAUCUAAUUACUAUUUCAGGACCAUAUAAGCCUGAAACAGCUUUUAAUUAUUUUUAGAACGUUAAGUUUUAAAAUGUACAGUACUAAACUUAAAGUGCAUUAAUACUAAUGAAACUAAUAUUAAAAGAAUUUCCAUUUAUAUUUACUACUUGCAUGAAGUGGCUAUGAAAGCUAAUAAAAAUCUAUGUUCUUAAGUAAACAUUUUGUAUUGAUAUUAACUGCGAAAUGAUUGUAUGUCUGUUAUAAUAAUAAUUUGCUUGACUAAUUAUAAGGAUUACAAACUUAAAAAAUAUUUUGCUUCAUAUUAUUCUUUUUUCUUGUGAAAACGGUAUGAAAAAUAGAAUUAAAGAAAGUACCGUGAAUUUUCUGUCUUAUUAUUUAUUAUGAUUGAAUUCAAAUUUUUUUCUCUAAAUGUUUCAUUCAAGUAUUUUGAAAAAGAUUAAGGAAAUAUUUGGCAAUAAAGAUUUAUUAAUAAAAAUCUUAAUUUACUGUAAGUAAAACAUAAGUUACGGUGAAGCAAAAACAAAAAUGAUAUGUUUGAAGUAGUGAAUAAAUUAUUGGUAUGUUCUGUCGCAUAAAUACUAUUUACUUAAAUUAUAAAGAUACAAUUCUGACUUUGAAUUUCUUCCUAAACGAGAAAAAGCGUAAGUAAAUACUUUCGAAAGGCUAGAAAUUAUCAUAUUUGCAGUUACCUAAGCUUAAAAUUUGCUUAGUGUCAAAGAAAAUGUUACUGAUUUAUAAGAAUUUAUUUCACUAGGAAGGCAAUGACUUGUUUUGUGUCAUGAUUGCCUAAGUCACGUUUUCUUCAUAAAAUGCAUUUUUAGUUUACGAACACCUGAAGCAUAAUGUAUAUGUGGAUGGACUAUGUUAAAUUAUAUUUGUAAUUUUCUAAAUUCUACACUUCGAAUAAUGUUAUACAUAUUCAUUGCCUUUAACCUUCUGUGCCUUUAUUUGAUAAAAUGAUGUCAUUUUAUUUCGUCUGUGCACUAAAACAUACCCUUCUUUGAUAUUUUGUUAAUUUGUUCUCUUACUAAAACCUUUUUAAAGGUUCUUUGCUAUUAUGAGAAACAUACAUGAAAAAUAUAAAAUUUAUUACUGCCUAAAUGUCGCAUUAUGCGUUAGACAACUGCUACAUGUAUCGUUUUAUCUACUGCUCAUAUCUUGAUUUAUGCUUCAGUUAUAUUAUACAUAUCCAUAGAGAAGACACUGUAUCUUAAACGUACUAUAGCAAUAGUUUAACAUGAUUAACAUUGUGUGGUGCCCUGAGAAUACUUCGGUAUUAUUACUUCAUGAAAUCUCUAAUAUUUCGCAUUAAAAGCCUUUUAGCUGCUCUUAGUCGGGAAUAAUUUUUGAGUUAACUUACUAUAUAAUUAUUUUGAAAGCAAUGCUAAUACAAAAAAUACAUACCUGGAAGUUAAUAAUGUGUAUUUCUUGGAACGCAUUAAAUGGAAUUAAUGGUCGCAUUAAAUGGAAGAUUUAUAAAUGAACAAUUAAAUUAAAUGAUUAGAAAUACUAGUAAAAGGUUAUAUAAAAGUUCUCAAAUUAGAUUAAGUUAAAUUUUCCACAACGCUAAUCCUUUUUUGCAUAUGAUAACGUUUCGUUAACUUUCCAUAUUAAAAUAUUAGUAUUAUAGAAAUAAAAUACUAGAAAACCUUUUUUUAAAAAAUAAAGUAAGUAGUGAAAAUAUCAUGAAUAACAUUUUAUUUACCCACUGAAACCUCUUACAGAAUCUAAUAUGUACUUGAAACCAUUUCGUAACUGAACUAAUUUUAUAUAUAAAUAACUGGAAAUUAAAUGCAUUUUAGGAAAUAUAUGUAAAAUAUAAAAACAAUUUAAUGCAAUAAUUAGUAGUCUAUUAAAAGUUUUAUGUCUGCUUAUCUGUAUAUAUGAAAUACUAAAUUUUUAACGAAGUUUCAUUACGUAUUUAUUUCUUCAAGAAAAUGGAAAAUAUUUAAAGUUUGUCUCUAUAUUCGUAAAUGUUGCAACAUUCGUAGCUAAGGCAAUUAAAAAUGUAUAAUCUAUCAACUGUAUAUGGUGCUACAGAGUUAGCCAUUUUUUUCAGUUACGGAAUUAUGUUUCGAAUAUUUCCAAACUGGUUUGUCAAAACUCACGGCUUAAAAUGCACUGGAAAGAAUGUGUACUUCAUUCGGUAUGCACGAAUUUAUAUCUUCUUUUUGUACUUAUUUCUAAAGAAUUUUGUAAUAAUAUUUGUUACGGCAAUGUCUGCAUUCUUGAAUACUUGAAAGAAUUAACUGUUGAUAAUUGUCGCUAUUGUUAAAACAAUUUUAUAUUCAUGUUUCGAAGGUGUAUGUAAGAAUUGUUUCAUUGUAGGGAAUUAGAAUUUUUUCAUCAAUAAAUGUUUAUGAUUCAUGCAA